CUCUCCAUUCCGAACUCCAAACGAACCAAUUCGUGUCCAUCGAAGGUUCCAUGGGAUCAGGCCUCUCAAGCAGCCACCGGAGGAGCAGCGCGUCGCUUCACCAGCCGGCGGCGGCCCCGGCCCCGGCCCCGGCGCUGGUCAUCGCGGCCGACGGCUCGUUGAGGGAGUUCGCGCCGGCGCCACUCCCCGCCUCCGUCUCCGACGCGCUCGCCGGCGCCAAUGCGGCGGCCGACGGCCGGUUCUUCGUGUGCAGCUCCGACGCGCUCUGCUUCGACUCCGACGUCCCGGCGCUCGGCGCCGACGAGCUGCUCCGGCCGGGGCAGAUAUACUUCGUCCUCCCCGCGGCCAUGCUCGGCAGGCCGCUCUCGAGCGCCGGCAUGGCCGCGCUCGCCGCGCGCGCGAGCGAGGCGCUGGCGGCGGGAGCGGGCUGGCGUGGGCGCCCUCGCGGCCGCCGCGGGUUCACGAAGGCGCGCGUCGUGCCGGCGCACCACCGCCACGCGGACGGCGACCGAGAGGUCAACGAGAAGCUGAACCAGAGGACUCUUGGCGGCAUCGAGACGGCUUCACGUGGUCCGGCGACCAACGCCAGGAAGUCCGCUGUGGCGGCGCGACCGGCUCCGCCUCUGAGGAGGGCGCUCAGCACCAUUGAAGAGGAUGCCGAGCGAUCAAAUUGGCUUUGAAGCGCGCGUGUUGGACGCGACCGAGUGAUCACAGAGCUGCGCGAGGGCAUGUGCCGUAUUGAUGAUAACUUUGGAUUGAUUUUUUUUUGUGUGUGUAUAGGAUGUUAGAGAUUUUGUGCUAUUCAAAUAGCUUGAAAGGAUAUGGAAAUUUGUUAUUUGGUUGGUCGACGUUUGUGUAUUUAAACAAAUCACAAAGAUUAAAUGAAAAUUUUAGUUGCUGACUUGGUUCUUUA